GGGCACUGGUGGGUGACAUCUAUUCUCGUUUAUUGAAUCCUUCAUUGUCGGUUUGUUCACAACUCUGUGUUCGUACAUUGGAUGGCUCGUAAGAUCUUAUAAUGGGGGUGCGAUCCUUCCUUACAAAUGCUACGCAGUCUAUACUUGCCAAAUAAUCCCAUCGGACCUGUACCCGAAUGCAGUUCUACAACCAGCUGCACAAGGAUCUUUUAAAAAAAUGCUAGAAGCAAGAAGCUACCAGUCAAGAUCGUCACUUUACGUAUCUACCCAACGAUUGCAAGGGAUAAGGUCAUACUGACUGUUCACUAGUCAGCAAGGCAUCGUCUGUCGCGCACGCACGUUUAAAUCGCGUCUUCUUGACACUUCUCGCCAACUCGACGCAACAGCCACCAAAAACGUCAAACUAGUACCCAACCAGUCGCGUAGUUGGCUUUGCAUCCGAUGGCCUCUUGAAACCGGCAAACAGUCUAGAUCCUUCACUGCUCUGGUGUGAACCACAACAUUUAGACGAGGAAACGUUCACCUGAUCAAAAAAAGUCGCAGCGCGUGCAUGUGCAAACAUAUUUUGUUGGGGCGUUGCGCUCGUUACGAGACAUUUUGCCAAUCAGGUGUUGUUCCGGUUGACCAGCCACCAUUCAGCCCCGCAACGGGAUGAUCUUGAUACGAACCCCUGCCGUCUGGAAUGUUAGAACCGGCCGCUUUGACAGUCGAAUUGGUGGUGUAAGGCGGUCGGAUCUUCAGGUGUUGCACUAGGCUUCCUAAGUGGGAUAGAGAAACGACUACUCGCACAAGUAAUGAAAUUAGUUCUGCAAUAACUAACAUGUUCAUUGGCCAUAUUUUAGGUUCAGUAUACUGCGGUGGUCGAAGAACGGAGGAUGGAACGCGAAUGGAAACGUCCAUUCCAAAGUCCGACGCCGAAAAAGGCUAUUCCCCCCGGAGAGCAGUCCGAUAUUAUUGGGCGCCCACGGAAUGGACCUUGGAUUGCGAGUCUGACGUAUAAAAAUGGCGACCCAGACCGCAGCGACUUUUCAUAUCGUCUCUUUAAGUCCAGGCUUAACAUUAGCAGGGUUCAACAAUCCAGGCACCUUGCUCAUCGUUCCCAACGACCACCAUGUCGACACCGUCAGCAUCCACCCCCGACGGCGGCACGCCAACUGAAUUUCCACCGAUCCCCAAUAACGGCGACUCGUCGUUACAACGUCUUAAGAAUGUACCGGGUUACUCUACUCCCGUGUUCAAGGGAAAAGAGGAGCAGCGUGCCAAAGUACAAGCAACUGUAGUUCAGAAGGGUUUCAUCCCACGUGAACUUGUAUCAAACGAGGUCAACUGGUUCUACACUUUCCUCGGCAUCGACGACACCUAUUUCCACUCGGAGACCGUUGAAGUCAUCGCCGACCAUAUCAUCGCGCUCUACGGCGCCAAAGUGCUUGCAUAUACCAAGCGCGAUCCAUCCAAGCUAGUCAUCGACCUCGAAAAUAUCGAUCCGAAGAGUAAUGGCGCGACAUUCAUCCAUACCAGUUCUCCGGGCAAGACCGUCACAGAAGGUCCGGGUUCGGUUUGCGAGAAUAGAAUUGAUGCACUGUAUUUGGACAAGUCAACACCUGAGCAUGCUUACAGGUUGGAGACCUAUCGUUCGCUUGGCUCCGUUUCUGCUACAGCAUCUCAACAAUUGAGAUGUUACUUCAUUACGAAGUGCAAGUUCCCUGUGAAACCGCCUGCGUCAGCUCGCAGCGACGGCAAAACGGACAUCCGAACUGUAUCAGAUCCAGUAUUUCUCGAGAAGGCGAGCGCAAACACCAUCGAGAUCUACCAAAGUGUCAUGUGGAAUGUCGAGAAGCGCUACGGCCCCGUCAUAGAAGUAUUCGAGGUCGAAGGUAGCAGAGAACGCAGGCUCGUGAUUGGUUACAAGAUGGGCGGCACCACCAAGUUCUUCAGCGCGCUAUCCAAUUUGUACCACUUCUACUCCCUCUAUUCUACCCGGAAGUAUGUCGAACAAUUCAGCAAUGGCAUUACGAUCAUAUCAUUGUAUCUGAACCCCUUGCCGAACGCAAACGCUCCUCCAAUCGAGCACUCUAUUUUCCAAGUCAUGAAAGAGGCGUCUUUGCUCUACACUCUUCCUGACAACCCCUUCUUUUAUGCCGGUUCUGGUGCUUCAAGUGGACACGCUGUCCAAGAAGCCGUAUACGCAUAUUGCGGAUGGGUAUUCGCGCAACAUUUCUGUAACCGACUUGGUCAGGCGUACUUGAGCCUGAAAAACAUCUUGGACGAGAACAACCCCACACACGCUGAAGUUCUCAACGAUAUCAAGAGGAGGUUCAGGGAGGAGACGUUCACUCGAGAGAGUAUCGCUCAAGUUAUUCACGCACAUCCCCACUUGAUUAACCUGCUCUACGUGAACUUCGCUAUGGUUCAUUAUCCUGAAGUGGAUGAAGCACAACUCAUGCCAACCCUCUCUUAUCAACGUCUCCACCUGUCCCAACCUCUCUCAGACCAAGAACUCUAUGAGAAGAUCCGAAAGACUGCUGCUAAUAAGCACGAAUUUCAGGUUCUCGAGGCCUUCCUGAUCUUCAACAAACAUGUUCUCAAGACUAACUUCUACCAACCGACCAAAGUCGCGCUGUCGUUCCGGUUAGCACCAGAGUUCUUGCCUGAGGUCGAGUACCCCAAAAAGCCAUUCGGGAUGUUCCUCGUAAUCGGCAAUGAAUUCCGUGGGUUCCACAUCAGGUUUAGGGAUGUUGCCAGGGGUGGUAUUCGAAUUGUCAUGUCGCGAAACAGGGAAUCGUACUCGAUCAACCAGCGGAUGCUGUUUGACGAGAACUAUGGACUCGCUUCGACACAGAACCUUAAGAACAAGGAUAUUCCAGAAGGUGGUGCCAAAGGUACCAUUCUGCCUGCUCUGGGUGCCUCUCCCCUCCUGUGCUUCGAGAAGUACGUCGAUGCCAUCAUCGAUCUUCUUAUCCCGGGACAAAGUCCAGGCAUCAAGGAACGUCUGGUUGACUUGUACGGAAAACCAGAACUUCUUUUCUUCGGUCCCGAUGAGGGUACUGCAGAUAUGAUGGACUGGGCAGCACUCCAUGCCCGUCACCGUGGUGCCGAUGCUUGGUGGAAGUCCUUCACCACCGGCAAGAGCGCAGAGACUCUCGGUGGUGUGCCUCAUGAUACCUACGGAAUGACGUCGCUCUCUAUUAGGCAAUACGUUCUUGGUAUCUACAAGCAGCUUGGCCUCAGGGAGAAGGAUAUCACAAAGGUGCAGACUGGUGGCCCUGACGGGGACCUCGGUUCCAAUGAGAUCAAGCUUAGCUCAGAUAAGACCAUCGCUGUCAUUGACGGAAGUGGUGUGCUCGCUGACCCUCACGGUAUCAACCGAGAAGAGCUCAUUCGACUUGCGACACUUCGUGUUCCAAUUUCGCAUUUCGACCGCUCGAAGCUUAGUAAGGACGGAUAUGUCGUACUUGUUGAAGACCAGGACGUCAAAUUGCCUUCUGGCGAAGUUGUUCUGGAUGGUACCGACUUCCGUAAUGGCGCUCAUCUCAGGUUUAAGGCGGAUCUCCUUGUACCUUGUGGUGGACGUCCGGAAGCUGUAAACAUCUCGAAUGUCGCUGCACUGGUUGACUCGGAAGGCAAGCCCCACUUCAAGUACAUCGUUGAGGGUGCGAACCUCUUCAUCACUCAACAAGCUCGCCUGUACCUCGAGAAACGCAAGGUCAUCCUCUACAAGGACUCUAGCGCCAAUAAGGGCGGUGUUACGAGUUCAUCGCUUGAAGUCCUUGCUGGGCUUUCUCUCUCGUCGGAGGAGUACACCAGACUCAUGAUCUUCAAAGAUGGAAAACCAUCAGAGUUCUACCAGAACUACGUCAAAGAUAUCCAACAAAAGAUCACCGAGAACGCGGCUGCCGAGUUCCACUGUAUCUGGAAGGAACACGCUCGUCUGCAAGGCUCCAAACCCCGUACACUCAUCUCCGAUGAGCUCUCCGGCAAGUUGAACGCACUGCAAGAAGAGCUUGAGGCUUCGGAUCUUUUCGAUGACGUGCCGAGCAAGAGGGGUGUCAUGAACCGGGCGAUCCCCAAAACAUUGAUUAACGAACUCGGUCUGGAUACAUUUUUGGACAGGCUACCAGAGGCGUACCAGCGUGCUUUGUUCUCCAGUUGGGUCGCUUCUCACUUCAUUUACAAGUACGGAGUCAACGGUUCUUCUGUCGACUUCUUCCACUUUGCUAGAGACCUUGCUGUAUGAUGAUCCGCUUUGCUUUCUUCGCCUGAUUGUCGCUAUUGUCGUUUUGUUUGCAUGGACAUUCAUGUUCUUUUAAGAGCUCCUCACUACAUUCAAGUAAUACCAAGUCAAAACGCACCUUGUCGCAUUAACUAGAAUGUCGAUUGUAAUUGUAUUUCCCAACAUUUUACGCCUGCUCAAUGUCUCAGCUGGAUACUGCUAAGUUAGCCACGGUUGAAUUAUUC